AUCACUCAUUUAUUUUUGUAAAUUAACUAUGUUUAGGAUGAACAUUUUAGUGAAACUGUUGAUAAGGAAAUGAGUCCGUCAGUAUCGAAAAUAAAACCAAAUUCAAAACGUAGCGCGACAAGUGGGAAAAAACAAUCCAGAAACAAAAAGCCAAUGAAGAUUCACAAAUCAUACCGUGAAAAUGUUGCUGAACUUUUACAGACCGAAGAAAUUGAUGUAGACAUUAAGAACUCUUUGACUUUUAGACAAGGAGAUGCCGUGGUUACAAUAAAAUGUCCUGUUAAUGACAAGCCGAGUUAUCUAUAUGUGAUCUCACAUUAUAAAAUGUCUAACAUAGAAAAUGAUGGAAAUUCAGUGAAGCUACCAUUAGAUUACAUACAAAUGACAACCAUCCGCUUAAUACCAGUCUUAAUCAAACAAUACAGUCAAUAUUCGAUACUAUGCUAA